CACCACCAACACCUCUUUCUUUAAUCUUCCGUUCACGGGUCCUGGUGACCAAUCCUCUAUUUCGUUUUCAUUGCUUAUUUGCCAUACUAUAGUUCUUAAUCCUUAUCAAACUGUUUGAUACAGUCAUUUUUACCAUCUUUUCUACGAUCAUCAACUCACUCAAUCAAACCCUCUCAACAAUGUUGCCUCAAUCAUCUUUGCGUCGAUUGGCCUUGGCCAUCGCUGUAUCAAGUCUUGUCAUCGGACAAGUGGUUGUUGACGCAAGACCUGUCGAGCAGUAUGGAGAUGCGCCUCCAUUUACCCGUUCCAUCGCCAUGUCUCUCCGUGGUGAUCCUUCUGACUCGGAUCAAGACACGCCAAGAAACACAAGUCUCUUAUCAGUAGACAUUGGUGCAAAUCUCAACCUUCGCUCAAUCAAGACAUUGAAGCAAGAGUCGGUGGUUGUCGAAACGUUUGAAGAGCGUGGCUUGGUCGGAGAUUCACUCAAAGGAUUGAUGGGUCCGCUCAGUAUCAUUCCAGGAUUCGUUCAAGUGUCUGAUAUCCUCUUUGGUGACGGCAAGCAAGACACUGGUCUGUUUGGCAAAUUGGGAGGAUUAUUGUUGACUGUUGAACCUCAAAAUAACAAUUCGACGGAUGCAGGCGCAUCUUCAGACGGCAACAAGAAUGCUACUGCAGUCAAUCAAGCAGCACAAGCAUCCAUGAGGUAUGCGCUAUCUGCCAGCAAGAAGCAGCAAACACAAGUAUUUUUGGUGCCUGUCCAUCAAGCCAAUGCUGAACCAGACUCCUCCAGCGAUGGCAGCAACACAACAAGCACAGGCAAGAACGAUACCAUGACAGUCAAGAUGAUGAUGCAUAUGCUGAAUGCACAAGGUGCUCCCAUUGUCAUGUGUGCUUCAUACGGCUCAUCGCCACCCACAGAUUUGGGCGUCAACGAAUGUAGUGGCGAGACACCUUCCGAUGCCAACACAACCGAAGGCUCGCAAUUGUUUACCUACAAGCCAUCUACUGGUGCAUUGACCCCCAUGUUUGCCAAUGCAAAAGACGAUGGUAUGGGAGUUGGUCAAGGUGUUACGGCUGAUGCAGGUGCUGGAAAUGCUACCGUCAAUGCCACCUCUUCUGCUUCAAAGCAACAAGAGAUGAGAAUGCAUUUCGUCAUGGCCACUACUCCAGAUGCACCCACGGCUGAAGCUCAGGAAGGUGCAUCUUCUUCAUCAAGUGCCCCAGCAGCUGCCUCCACUGCAAGCAUCCCAGCACCAACUACUCCUGCCAGCGCUGACGGCCAUCAAAUGCAAAGGAUCGUACUUGGACGUGAAUUUGUGCAAAAAGCAAAGAUGUCCCAGCUGAAUGUCAACGGACAGGAUGAUUCAUCAAGUGCAGGAUGCGAGGAUGAUGCAAGUAGUACAGAUAGCAGUGCUUCAUCUAGCGAUUCGAGCAGCUCAUCAGCAGAUGCUGCAAGCCAAGAAUCUCGAUAA